UGAUUCAUACGGUUGAAAACAUGUCACUUCCGCAAAGCGGAUGAAUUCCAUUUGGUCACGUGUUACGUAUGAAACUACUACCCUGAGAUAGUAAAACCGGUGUCGUGGCAGAAGGUUUUAUAUAUCCAUAAUGAAAUUUAUAAAUAAAUAUCUCUGUCUUGUUACGAUAUUCGGACUAGCGAAUGCUGGAGGACCCACACUCGUUUUGCUCGACAAUUUAGCAAUAAAAGAAACACAUUCCAUAUUUUUCAAGACUUUACAGGAUAGCGGAUACACAUUAACAUUUAAAUUAGCAGAUGAUGCUAAUCUUCAGCUUUCCAAGUAUGGAGAAUUUUUAUAUCAGCAUUUAAUAAUAUUUGCUCCCUUUGUGGAAGAAUUUGGUGGAGCAUUAAGUAUUGAAGCUAUAACAGAUUUCAUUGAUGGUGGUGGUAAUGUUUUGGUUGCUGGCUCAUCUCAGUCAGGAGAUGCUCUUCACGAACUAGCUUCAGAAUGUGGUUUUGAAAUUGAUGAGGAAGGUUCUGCAGUUAUUGACCAUUUAAAUUAUGAUGUUUCUGAUAAUGGUUAUCAUACCAAAAUAGUAGCAGAUCCUAUCAAUCUGAUAGAUGCUCCAGCAAUUGUUGGAAGCAAAAAUGUGCAACCUUUAUUAUAUCAGGGAACUGGUUUGAUUGCAGAUACAGAAAAUCCAUUAAUUUUACGUUUGUUAACAGCAUCUAGUUCAGCAUACUCUUAUAAUCCACAAAAUCCUAUAAAAGAAUAUCCCCAUGCAGUAGGUAAAAAUACAUUACUAAUUGCAGCUCUGCAAGCUAGAAACAAUGCCAGAGUAGUGUUCUCUGGUUCAUUGUAUUUUUUUAGUGAUGAAGCAUUCACUAGUCCUAUCCAAAAAGCUCAAGGUGGGCAGAAAAAUGAGAAAUCUGGAAAUGAAGUCGUGGCAACAAUGAUUGCUCGCUGGGUGUUUAAGGAGAAUGGUGUUAUUCGUGUUUCAAGUGUACAUCACCACAGAGUGGGAGAAUCAAAACCUCCAGCAGCUUAUACCAUCAUGGACGAUGUAGUUUAUUCUAUCACUGUUCAAAAGUUAACAGGAGACAAAUGGAUUCCUUAUGAUACCAAUGAUUUACAAUUAGAAUUCGUUAGAAUAGAUCCUUUUGUUCGUAUAACUAUGAAACCUGUAGGAAAUGGUCAAUAUGAAGCGAGGUUUAAGAUUCCUGACGUUUAUGGGGUCUACCAGUUUAAAGUAGACUAUACUCGCAUUGGUUUGACACAUUUGUAUAGCACUACACAAGUAUCUGUGCGUCCUCUACAACACACUCAGUAUGAACGCUUUAUACCCAGUGCAUUUCCUUAUUAUAUAAGUGCAUUCUCAAUGAUGGGUGGGGUGUUUUUAUUCUCUUUAGUGUUCCUACAUUAUAAAGAAGACACAAAACUGAAAUCUGAAUAAAUAUAUCAUUAAUAAGACUAAAGGGAACAGGAAGAAGCUUAAUCAGAUUUAUUAACAAAGUAUAUGUACGUUGUAUAUUUGAGUAUAUAACAAUAGAUUUAUAUUUAUUUAAUGAAAUAUCAAAAAUCGAAUGAAACGAAAUGGUAAAA